GUAGCCAUCCAGCCUGGUACUCCGGAUUGAUGCACAAAAUGAGGAACACGAGGCUGCGGUAAAGUAAGCAGGGCGGGAUGAACGGAGAGGCCAGCUGGCUUAUCGUCAGUUACAAAAGGUCGUGCCCAGUUUGGAAGACUGGCGGAGCGGAUCUUUCGCCGCUGGUCCAUACAAAAGCGUGCCGAUCAUGCAUUGGCACAAGAACAGGAACCAGGUGGCACUUUUAUUAGAAUGGCUUCCACAUGCUUUACCUUAGUGGCAUGGCCAACCAUCCCAAACAGAACCCUGCGGAUCCCGUCGGAAUUUUCCUGAAACUCUUGGUCAUGCUCUCCCUUUGCACCUUCCUUGUAUACCUGCUUCUCAGUCGCUGCCACUCGGACCCCUGGAGUGCAUCCCAUAACUCUGCUUCUCAGCCCUUGACUUUGACAAAGAGCGGAGUUUCUAACGGCACCGCAAGCCCUGUAGGUGUGAGCGGGCCAAGAAGUGCAGGUGAGUCAGGGUGGGAGUCGGAGGAACCCGCGAAGGACUGGACCGCAGUGCGACGGCUCCCCCAGGCCCUCAUUAUCGGAGUCAAGAAAGGAGGCACCCGGGCACUGCUGGAGUUUCUCAGGCUGCACCCCGACAUCCGAGCGCUGGGCUCAGAGCCGCACUUCUUCGACAGACAUUACGCCAGGGGGCUGGACUGGUACAGGAGCAUGAUGCCCAAAGCUCUGGAUGGCCAGAUUGUCAUGGAGAAGACCCCUCGCUACUUUGUGGCGGCCGAGACCCCAGCUCGCAUUCACGCCAUGUCUAAGGAGGUGAAGCUGAUCAUCGUGGUCCGAGACCCCAUCACAAGAGCCAUCUCUGACUACACACAGAUCAUUUCAAAGGCCCCCGACAUCCCAAGCUUUGAGACCCUAACCUUUAAAAACCGGACUACGGGACAGGUGGACGCUCUGUGGAGCCCCCUUUGGAUUGGCCUUUAUGCUCAGCACUUGGAGAAAUGGCUCUCCUACUUCCCUCUGUCCCAGAUCCACUUUGUGCACGGGGAAAGGCUGAUAAGCGACCCGGCCGGUGAGCUGGGAAAAGUGCAGGACUUCCUGGGCCUGCAGAGGAUCAUCACGGACAAACACUUCUACUUCAACAAGACAAAGGGAUUCCCCUGCUUGAAAAAGCCCGAGGGGAGCAGCAAACCUCACUGCUUGGGCAAAACCAAAGGCCGGCCGCACCCCAGCAUUGACCCUCAAGUCAUCCAGCAGCUCAAGGAGUUCUACCACCCACACAACUUGAGGUUCUACCACAUGGCUGGGCAGGACUUUGGCUGGCAGUGACCCAGUGGGGAAUGUGGAGGAGGAUCACAGGAAAAACCGCCAUGGCGGAGGAGAAAUCCGGAAGAGACGGGCUGGGCUGGCCAGGCCGAGCCGAGCCACUGGCUGAAAAUGUGGAAAUGGACUGGCAGAAGGGCUGCCACCAAGGACAGAUGGACUGCCACGCACAGAACUAGGACCUUAAGUGGGCAGCCAGAAAAUGAAAGUUUACUUUAUUCUAAAACUAGAACGCAUUUAAAGAAAAUAAAAUAACACUAAA